GAGAAAUGCAGCAGCUUAAAACGGCGGGAAAGAUUAAGAUGUCUUAUUGGCCAAUCGACAAGGUGAAAAGUCACGUGGUUUAAGCCAACGUUUCUAAUGUUGUCGAACAUUCGGCACUGACUAUAGGCAUCAAAGAUGGCGGGUCAUACAGCGGGAGAUCCAUUGGAGUGCUUCAGCAUUCCUAUCGUACUACAUAAGGAACCUCAGCGUGAUGAGCAGGGACAGCCCAUCCUGGGGCCUGAUGGCAAACCCAAGUGUGUAUGUGGCUUUAGGAUAGGGGGAGGAAUAGACCAGGACAACUCUAAAAGUCCCCAGGGUUACCCAGACAAGGGCAUAUAUGUGACAUACAUCCAUGAAAAUGGACCAGCUGCCUUGUGUGGGUUACAAGUCCAUGACAAACUUUUACAGGUGAAUGGCCAUGAUAUGACAGUUGUUACCCACAAAAAGGCAGUGGAUUACAUCCAGCGCAAACCUGUCCUCAAUAUGUUGGUGCAUCGUCCCGGGGUGCCUCAGCUACAGAAAGGUGCUCAGCCGCAGUUUCAGGCUUAUGAACAGCAGUACUCACCACAGCCUCAGUAUCAGAGACAAUACUGACUAGGCGUGGAGGAGCAGUACGAGACUUUCAGUCCCAGGGACCAUAGUCUUACACCCCUGUGAUGCCGGGGGAGUGCACGGUGCAACCCUUACGGUGUGACGCAGUGCCAUGGCACCGCAAGUCAUUUUGUGUUGUGGACAUGGUGGAGAGGGAACUGGGUGUAUGGAGUUGUUAGAUCUUUUAAAAAUUCUCACUCAAGGUUCAUUAUAUGUCAUAAAUGUAUGUUUAUACGUAUAUGUUUAAGUAAAAUGGCAAUUGAUAACUGGUGCAUACAAAAUUUUGUGAUUGUCACUCAUGAAAACAUGUCUGUUCUGAUGUCUGUAGGAGGAAAUCAUCAGGACAUCAGC